AUGGCAACAGACGGCACAGCUGACAUCCAAGAUCGGCGGUCCUCGUAUGACCUGACGAUUUCAUCCGACGACGAUGCUUGGAACGACCUUUAUGCCGCUGUGCUAGGAUGCCUGAGACAAAUCCCUAUUUCCACAUGGAAAAGCAGCAAUCGGAAGAACGUUCGUUCAAAACACGAGCCGGUUGCACAUCAGAUGUGUCUGGGCCUGUAUGCCGGCCCGAAUACGAGUGGGCUGCCAGGCAUCACGCAGGCCACAUACUUGUAUCGGGGGCUGCUCCGUGGUCUUCUGAGGCUGGGGCGGCUAGCCCAUGACGACGUACCGAUUACGUGUACGAGCAUCCAGGUGAACCGCAACCUGCAUACGAUCCCUCACAGAGACUCCAACAAUGCAGGUGAAAGCUUCAUUUUGGGUCUCGGGUCGUGGGAUGGAGGCCGGCUGUUUGUCCAGCAGGAUCGAGGACCUCAUAGGUAUGUGCUGAAGGAGUCGAUCCCUGGAAUUGGUCGCAAGGGCCGUGUCCUACGAGGUAACGCUAUGGAUAUCAGUACUCUGCGAUGCUUUGACGGAAAUCAAAUCCAUUGCACGAUGGAUUUCACUGGAGACCGAUAUUGUAUCAUUUACUACUGCCUGGGUCGGAACUACGCACGAAUCCCGGCGACAGUCCACAAACGUCUUCAGGACUUUGGCUUCCUUCUGCCACCAGUAGCAGUGGCCCCAGAAGCUGUUCCAGUUAUUGCUGCAGAUCACACGGAAAACCCGUCGAGCGACUCUGACUGUGGCUCAUCGUCGCAUGAUCUUGCUGCAACAAUCGAUGCACCAAUGUCCGAGUCUGGCUCGUCGGUCGCUUCUGAUUCUGCUCGUGGAAAGGAUUGGCUCUCAAGUGGCUCCGCAGCUACUACGGUUGAUCCCCCGCCCAACUCGUCGGAUGGACCUGGGAAUGCCGACUGGCUUUCUGCAAGCAUCCCACAUGCACAAUUUUCGCUUCCAGCUCUGGGUGUUUACGCAGAACAAGUGUUGGGUCUUUUGCCAUCCUUUUCGGAGGCAGAGGACACGUCUCAUGCUUGCUUCUUAUGGAGAGAUGCAAGAGCCCGACCUUCGUGUCGACCCUGUGGCUCCUCGUCGAUGCCCAGGUGA